GUAUACUGUCAAAUUGAUGGUCGCCAAUCAUUUUGUUAUUUAUUACCUAACCUUAUUUAAUUUUUAAGCUUAAUGAUACAUGAAUCUAUUUUAAAAUAUGCCGUUUAUGAAAGGACCUUCUCCUAUUAGGAGAACUAUUAAAUAUCUGGAAGCAGGACGACUAAUAUUUAAAGAUCAACUGAAAAUUUUUACAGUGAAUUACAAUGUAAUAGGAAGCAAUCAUGCAGGAACAAAAGACUUCGUAUUUUGGCACUUACCUCAAAUUCAAUAUAAGAAUCCCAGUGUUCAAGUUUUGACAUUAAAAAAUCUAACGCCAACUCCAUUUAUAAGGUGUUUUUAUGAAACAGGUCAUCAAAUGCUUAUCGAUGUAGACAAUAGAUCAAAAGAAGAGAUUUAUGAACAUUUAAUCAAUGUAGUAGGGAAGACAGGCAAAGUUCUGGAAGCUGAAAUAAUUGCAAAAGAGAAAAAAGACAACCCAGCUAAUUUUGGAGUUUUAUGCGACAGGCAUUGUAUAUGUGAAAUUCCGGGGCAAGUUCCAUGCUCCGGAACAUGUCUAUUACCUAAAUCUUGGCGUGGUAAAUAUAAAUUCAACAAAGCAGAAUACUAAGGUUUCGAAAUAUGUAACUGUAAAUAAAAUUUAUAACUACAA